AUGGGCUGGCCUGUGUGCAAUUCAACAACUGAAACUCUCAAUAUCGAGGAGGUUGACCUUUGGGAUGGCGGCAUCACAUUCCACCUCCUGGCGCUCCUGGUGGGCGGCGCUUGCGCUAUCAUCGCAUGUGGUGUGUCAGCAUGGCUGAUCUUACAACACGCAACACAUUACAGCAAGCCUAUCGAGCAGCGACAUAUCAUUCGCAUCCUUUUCAUGGUCCCCGUAUACUCCCUCGUCGCAUGGCUCAGCAUCUUCUUCUACCACGAUUCGGUUUAUUUUGAGGUCCUCGGUGACUGCUACGAAGCAUUUUGUAUCUCGGCCUUCUUUUCUCUCAUGUGCCAUUACAUCGCUCCGGACCUACACAGCCAGAAGGAUUAUUUCCGUGGAAUUCAGCCGAAGGCAUGGCUUUGGCCCUUGAACUGGAUGCAAAAGUGCUGUGGCGGCGAGCGCAUUUGGCGGACCCCGCGCAGUGGUCUGACAUGGUUUAAUAUUGUCUGGGUGGGAGUAUUCCAAUACUGUGUCAUGCGUGUUCUCAUGACUAUCGUUGCUGUUGUCACUCAAGCAUUUGGUGUAUACUGCGAAGAGUCUCUUAGUCCUGCGUUCUCGCAUAUCUGGACCGUCGUCAUUGAAUCGGUUUCCGUCACUAUCGCUAUGUACUGCCUGAUUCAAUUCUACCACCAGACCAGUCAAGACAUCAAGCAACAUCAGCCCUUUUUGAAGAUCUUGUCUAUUAAGCUCGUCAUUUUCCUUUCCUUCUGGCAAUCGACCUUGAUCAACCUUUUGGUGUCCGAGGGCGCCAUCAAAGCCACAGACAAAAUCGCGCUCAAUGAUCUCAAGACCGGUCUCCCGGAGUUGAUGAUCAACGUUGAAAUGGCCAUCUUUGGGAUUCUGCAUCUUUGGGCCUUUGCCUGGAAGCCAUACGCUCUAAACCAUUCAUCUGAAGUGACCGACUUCUACGGAAAUGGCAAGACCACGUAUGAAGGCGGUCGCUAUGGUGUGAGGGCGUUGAUCGAUGCCAUGAACCCACUUGACCUUUUCAAAGCCAUUGGCCGAAGUGCUCGCUGGCUGUUCGUUGGCCGUAAGCAGCGCAUGCUGGACCCCAGCUACCGACCACAAGAUGAGACAAUCGGUCUUCAGCCAUCCCCAGAAGGCAGCGAGCCCACUGAGCAUGGAACUGCUUACGUUGGCGCUGGAACUGCCAUGUCAGGAGGCCGUGCGGGCCGCUAUACCCCCGAUGAGGAGGGCGCGGUGCUUCUCUCCCACGCACAAUCAAACCCUGAAAUUGCGCUCAUUGGCACUUCGCCGUAUGCGUCCGACUUCGAUGACCAUGUUCAUGACCCCAACACUCGCUACUAUGGUCAAAGUUCUUCGCCUUUUAACGAAUCUCCCCUUCAAAGCCAUGACAAUCUGCAUGCUGAGCCGCUAGUCCACCCUUACCCGUCUGAUGGCCCUCUUCGAGAGCAGGUGCCCAUGCCCAUGCCGGAUCCAUACCGGCCUCCGCCCCCGUACCCAGACAGCAAUCACCAUUGA